AUGCCACACAUUUUCUGCUGCCGUCACUAUUAUCACAAUAUAUAUUCAUAUAUUUACCGUAUUUGUACUAUGUUUGUUACUAUUAUACGGUUUGGAAAAUUUAUUCCAACUGUUAAAUACGGUAGUUAUAAAGUAACACCCAUGAAUCAUGUGCCCAAACAUAUUGUUGGUCCGUGUUAUUCAAUUAACAAUCCUAUUAUUACACAACCAUCUCAAAAUGACCCAGCGCUCCAAUUUGCUGAAGUCAAAUCGCAUUCUGUAAUUGAAAAAAUGAGAAAGGCUGCCAAAAUUGCCAGUGAUUGCCUAGAAUUGUGCUGCAAAAAAUCUCUCCCAGGCGUUACAACCGAUGAGAUUGACAAGGUUGCCCAUGAAUUCAUUAUUUCAAAGGGUGCUUAUCCUUCAGGGGUCAAUUUUCACGGAUUUCCCAAGGCAAUUUGCGCUUCACCAAAUGAGGUAGUUUGUCACGGUAUACCAGAUACUAGACCGCUAUGCAAUGGUGACAUUAUAUCCUACGAUUGUACUGUUUACUAUGAUGGUGUAUACGGGGAUUGUGCUAAAACAAUUUCUAUAGGUAAACCCAGUGAUGAGGACCUGAGACUUAUUGAGGCAACCAAAGAAUGCUUAAUGUUGGCAAUAUACACACUUAAGCCUGGAAUGAAUCUUAGUGAAAUUGGCAAAAUCAUCCAUGAAAAGGCUAAGCAGUUGGGGUAUUGUGUAAUUAAGGAAUUUUGCGGUCAUUUUAUCGGCCAUGAAAUGCAUAUGAGACCGCUAAUCUGCCAUACCUACCCAAAUAACACAAUUGGCACUGCUAUUGUCGGUCAAACAUUCACUAUAGAACCAAUAUUAUGCCAAGGUGAAUCUGUUAUUGAGAUUUGGGAAGAUGGCUGGACAGCUGUGACAGCUGAUCGUUCAAAGAGUGCCCAGUUUGAGCAUACUGUCUUAGUGACCAGUGACGGCUGUGUGCCUAUCACCAGUUGGACAUAA